GUGGAAAACUGUGGUCUCCGGGUUAGGCAACAACACCCAGGCCCUCUUCUCUGAAUCAUAGUUCUGCCAAAAUACGCAGAACAAGAGCUCGGCGGUGCCGAGUCUGGCGCACUGCGCUACUUCUGGCUAACAGCCGGUCCACCCCAGGUACCUUUGGGAGUGACCGGCUGCCCCAGGCGGCUCCGGGGAAGGGGUGGAGACAGAGCGCUCGCCUCGCGGCAGGUCAGGCCUAGGGCCCCGGGCAGGGCCGCCGCCUCCGCGCACCCCUUCCCUCCGCCUCUCGGGACGCCCGGCCUUGCCCCGCGGGCUGCCGGCUGCCAGGCGCCCGAGAAGCGUGCCACGGGAGCGGGGCGGGCGGGGCGCAAGCGCUUCCUGUGCCAGGUUUCCGGCUCCGGGUCCCCGGAGGAGGGCCGCGGGGCCAGAGGCGGAGCCGCCGCCCGGCCGCGACUUUCAGACUCGGACCAUGGCCUCGCGCUGGUGGCGGUGGCGGCACGGCUGCUCCUGGAGGCCGGCGGCGCGGAACCCCGGGUCCGGCUCUCGCCGCCACGCGGGGCCACCCGGGCCGCGCGCCACUCCCGACCCCAUAGCGCAGAUCCCAUGUUUUAGUCUUGUGAAGAGUUUAACUUCUGCUUUUCCAAAUGUAUAUACUAUGUCACGGUUUCAUCACAUGACACCAGCAGUGUGCUGUUGUAGUAAAACACAGAGUGGUGAGAAAUACACCGAUCCCUUUAAACUGGGUUGGAGAGACUUGAAAGGUCUGUAUGAGGACAUUAGAAAGGAGCUGCUCAUAUCUACAACAGAACUUAAGGAAAUGUCUGAGUACUACUUUGAUGGAAAAGGAAAAGCCUUUCGACCAAUAAUUGUGGUGCUAAUGGCCAGAGCAUGUAAUAUUCAUCAUAAUAACUCCCGAGAUAUGCAAGCCAGCCAGCGCUCCAUAGCCUUAAUUGCAGAAAUGAUCCACACUGCUGGUCUGGUUCACGACGACGUUAUUGAUGACGCAAGUUCGAGAGGAAAACAUACGGUUAAUAAGAUCUGGGGUGAAAAGAAGGCUGUUCUUGCUGGAGAUUUAAUUCUUUCUGCAGCAUCUAUAGCUCUGGCACGGAUUGGAAACACAACUGUUAUAUCUAUUUUAACCCAAGUUAUUGAAGAUUUGGUGCGUGGUGAAUUUCUUCAGCUAGGGUCAAAAGAAAAUGAGAAUGAAAGAUUUGCCCACUAUCUUGAAAAGACCUUCAAGAAGACCGCAAGUCUGAUAGCCAACAGUUGUAAAGCAGUCUCUGUCCUAGGAUGUCCUGACCCAAUGGUGCAUGAGAUUGCCUAUCAAUAUGGAAAAAAUGUGGGAAUAGCUUUUCAGCUCAUAGAUGAUGUACUGGACUUCACCUCCUGUUCUGAUCAGAUGGGCAAACCAACAUCUGCUGAUCUGAAACUCGGGUUAGCCACUGGCCCAGUCUUGUUUGCUUGUCAGCAGUUCCCAGAAAUGAAUGCAAUGAUAAUGAGACGGUUCAGUUUGCCAGGAGAUGUGGACAGAGCUCGACAGUACGUACUACAGAGUGAUGGUGUGCAACAAACAACCUACCUCGCGCAGCGGUACUGCCACGAAGCAGUAAGAGAGAUCAGUAAACUUCGACCAUCCCCAGAAAGAGAUGCCCUCAUUCAGCUCUCAGAAAUUGUACUUACAAGAGAUAAAUGACAACUCUUUCUGUUCUUUCUGGCAGCUAUUUUACCAGAUUGUGCCUAAAGAAUUUUGUGGAAUAUACUUUGUUUGCUUCAUAUGCAAAUAACCAAAAAUCAUUUUAAAAAAUAAUUCCAAUCUUAUUGAUGGGCAAUUUUUUUUAUUGGCAAAGUUUUCCACAGAACUUUUUAAAUGUAAUUAAUUAAACUGCCUGAAUCUGUCAUGUAACCCUUUAAAUUCUAAUCGAGGUAUCUUGAUGGUUAUUUGUGGUAUUUGUUUACACUGUUAAUAUCCACAUGUAAAGCCAUUACACAAAUAAAUAAUCAAUGUUAAAACUCAAACGGUUUGUCUUGUUUCACCAUAGGAGUAAAGGUCAGAAAAUUGUGAAGUCUGCUCUUAAAUCCACAUUAUUUAUAUUUUAACAGUAUCCAAAAUUUCAUAUAGGAGAAUGGUUUAUUAUAAAAGACUGUACAUAAAAUUUAGACAACAGGUUAUAUACAAAUUAAGAGAACAUUCCACUUGAAGAAAAAAGAAGGUAGCUAGUUGAUCACUAAUGAUACUUUGUUUGAAAUUAACAAAGGCAAAAUGCAUAUGAAACAGUCACAUUGAUUUGGUAGUAAUAAUGGUCUUUAAUUUUCAGAAAUAAAUGUUUUGCACUAGUCUCACCAUUCACUAUGCUGUUAAGUCUGUAACGCCCAGUACAUAACUUUAAUUUGAAAUUCAAAUAAAUCCUCAAUACACAGAAACCCACACUGAGUGCUCUACUUUAAUAUCCUAAGCAAUACAGAAUUAUACACAAGAUAAGAAGAGAAAACAUCCCUCUAACCUUCCCUUAAAUUAAGAGGAGACACACAAAGUGCAUGUGUUGCAUUUCAAUACAAAUCUGUUGGUUAAGUAUAUCUCUGUUCACUGAUUAAUACAUGACCCAUCUUCUUUCCCAAUUAUUUUAAAAUCUUAUG